AUGUUGCCUUACAAAAGUGUUCCGGCAGCCGAGGCGGUGCUCGGCCGAGCUCUAACCGCCGGCGAGACUAUCUGGCUGAACUACUCCGCCGAUAAAUCCGAUUACUUCCUCUAUUGCCAUACCACAGUCUUCCUUUUCCUAACCUUUUCCAUUUCCCCAUUCUUCUACAUCCUAUUUGAGCAAUUUCAAACCUACAAAAUCCAGCCCAAAGUUAAGAAGCUUUCCAUUUCCGAUUCCUUACGGUGCUAUCUCAAUGUAAUGCCCAUGUUCAUCUUGGUCGUGGGAUCUCUCCAGCUAAUCUCUUACCCUGCAAUUCAAAUGAUUGGGAUACGAACGAAGCUUCCAUUGCCGUCAAUAGGUGAAGUGGUGGGGCAAUUGGUGGUUUACUUUGCAAUUGAGGAUUAUACGAGUUAUUGGGUGCAUAGAUUCCUGCAUUGCAACAAAUGGGUAUACGAGAAGAUUCAUCGGAUUCACCAUGAAUACAAUGCACCCUUUGUAUUUGUGGCACUUUAUGCUCAUUGGGCAGAGAUUUUGAUCCUGGGUUUUCCUUCACUUUUGGGACCGGCCAUAGCCCCUGGUCAUAUAAUCACAUUCUGGUUAUGGAUCGCUUUGAGGCAGCUUGAGGCAAUUGAAACUCACAGCGGGUAUGAGUUUCCUUGGAGUCCUGCAAAAUACAUUCCAUUUUAUGGUGGAGCAGAGCACCAUGACUAUCACCAUUAUGUUGGAGGUGAAAGCUAUAGCAAUUUUUCUUCGGUAUUUACCUAUUGUGAUUACAUUUAUGGAACUGAUAAGGGUUAUCGAUAUCAUAAAAAGAUUCGGAAGCAAAGAUAA